AUGGCGUCUUUGGAUACCAUGAGAAAUGCAAAUCCUCAAAGCUUACUCAUCUCUGUUUUGCUGAUGACCUUCUCAUUUUCACAGAUGGUAAGCUGUGCUCUGUCCAAGGAGUUCUCUCAAUCCUCAAUAAGGAGCUGUGUGUGUACCCCAUCCUUCUCGGUUGGAUACAAUGGCAGAAUUCAAGGUUUCUUCAAAGGAAAGCGGGGAUUGAGACAAGGAGAUCCUCUGUCUCCUUAUCUCUUUGUCAUAGCGAUGAACUGGUUGUCUUUGAUGCUCAAUAAAGGAGCUGAAAAUGGCGUCUUUGGAUACCAUGAGAAAUGCAAAUCCUCAAAGCUUACUCAUCUCUGUUUUGCUGAUGACCUUCUCAUUUUCACAGAUGGUAAGCUGUGCUCUGUCCAAGGAGUUCUCUCAAUCCUCAAUAAAUUUGCAACUCACUCUGGUCUUACAGCCAGUAUCCAGAAAACCUCCUUUGUGUCUUCGGGUUUGUCUCAAGACCAAAUCGACCUUAUUGGAGCUACCACGGGCCUUACUCAUGGUUCUUUACCAGUCAGGUAUCUUGGCAUCCCCCUCUGUUCCCAGAAGCUCUCCCUCCAUAACUGCGCUCCUCUCCUCCAACACAUCAAAGACAAAGUUAACUCUUGGAGUACUCGCUCCCUCUCAUUCGCUGGACGGCUCCUUCUACUCAACACUGUGAUAGCGGGGGUCACUAACUUCUGGUCCUCCACUUUCGUCUUGCCAAAAGCAUGUAUCUCAAAGAUUAACUCUCUCUGUGGAGCGUUUUUAUGGCAUGGCAGCGCUGAAGGAAGCCACUCGGCGAGGGUUUCAUGGGAAACCGUUACUCUGGCCAAGGAAGAAGGAUCAAUCUGGGUCACGUGGUAUAAGGCUGAAGUUCUCAAAGGAUCGCUCAGCAACUUCUGGAUCACUAAGGAGAAGAAAAAAAAUUCUUGGUUCACCAAUAAAUUGCUAAAGCUUGGAAGCAUUGAUGAUUGGAUCACUGUGAAGAAAUUCUUGGCCCCUGUUGCAGCGAACUCGAUGGGAAUCCCCUUAUCAGCUACACUCCAUAAUCUGUUUGUCAGGGAUCGUUGGAAUAUAAGACCGGCCCGCUCUGAUCGCCAAGUUCAAAUUCAAGCAUUUUUAUCUUCGGUUACUCUGUCUCAGCUCCCUGAUGAAUAUGAGUGGACAAUAGAAGGAGCUAUUUGGAAUUCUGGUGGGGUGCCCCGGCAUAGCUUCCACGCCUGGCUCGUCACCCUAAAUAGACUACCGACCCGAGACAGACUUCUCUCUUGGGGACUUGCUGUUCCUGCAACUUGUCUACUCUGCAAUCAAGGAGAUGAAUCAAGGGACCACUUGUUCUUCUCUUGCUCAUUCUCCUAUGAACUUUGGAUCCAUCAUGCUCGACGGACUGAGACAACCCCAUCUACUGGCUGGAACGAUUCUCUUAAUCGCAUGCAAUCACUACCAGGACCUCCUUGGCGCAAGAAGCUUCAACUGAUUGUAUGGCAAGCUGUAAUCUACUCUAUUUGGCAAGAAAGGAACGCUCGACUUCACCGCAACAAUGCAAAAACCAUCACUACCAUUUCUUCCAUACUAGACAGAACGAUUCGAAAUAAGAUCCAUGGCUCAGAGACUCAAACCCAAUCAGAGCUUCUCAGAUGA